UUCAAGGCGACCAGUGCAGCCGCACAUAAGGCAACACUCCAACAAAGCCUCAAACCGUCACUGGCAGAUUCAUGAGUCCAGAAACGGUAUGCAUGGCGGAAGGCAUUCACAGAGUUUUAACGGAUAUCACGAGGGAGACUUGGAGAGGCUGUCGACAAUUAUGCCCCAGGUACGAUGGAAAUACGAUGACACCGAGCAAAAGCAAGAACAAACACCAAAUCGAAUAAACCUUCACCCAAACGACUAAUCUCUGCUAAGAAUGAUGCAGUGAAACAAAGAACAAUCUCGCCAUCGCUGAUAAAUCCGCUGACUAAUCCCAUCUCCCUCGGAACAUCAAAACCCCGAUCCCUUGACAUCAUCCUUAACUCACUCCCCGAAGCUCACGCCCAUCACAAAACCUCCCCAGCCAUGGCAAAGGCAGAGCUCGGAUUGAAGAUCGGCUUCUACGCCUAUCCCAUCGUCCUCUUCGUCACGCUCCUCGGCGUUCAGUCCGCUCAGUUCUACAUAAGCCGCCAUGGCAGUACGACGCGUAAAGUCGCGUUGGACAAUGACUUGAAACAGCAUAUUGACAAGAUUCGAAAGUUUUACGCGAGGUGUAUUUGGGUUCUUCAGGUUGUGCUUUCGGGAUUGUUGAUUGCAAGUAUUGUGUACGCUACGAGGGAGGUUUUUGCGGAUCAGGAUGGUGUGAAGGGCAGUGUUGUCUUUUCGUUUAGCGCAUAUCUCGCAUCUUUCGUUGGAGUUUUGCUUUACUACGUCGCUGGUCUUCUUCCAGACCCUGAAGGACCGUGGAAUCCGAACUCUGCUCACCUUUCGGCAUGGUGCGUCGGUGCUCUUGCAGAGAUUGUCAUCGCAGCUGCUCUCUCAGCCGUUGAGCCGAAACUCCGCGUAUCACCUGGUUUUGUCGACACUCUCAACAUUCUCGGAGCUGCAAGAGUUCUUGUGCUGGCGCUCAUGAUUGGGGCGUUGGGUUUGAGGGAGUAUAAGACGAAGGCUCUGGAACCGAAGUCUUUGCCCGAGGAGAGACGGGGACUUCUUGAGAAUGGGAAUGGGGCGGCGGACGGGUAUGGAAGUGUUCAACCUACUGCGGCCGAGCCGAGAAGGACGCAGGUUUCUGGGACGGGGUGGCUGGAUUACUUUGCUGGAUUCCGAGUCUUGUUCCCCUACCUCUGGCCAAAGGGCUCCCCCGUCUACCAAGCCAUCGUACUAAUCUGCAUCAUCCUCCUCAUCUGCCAACGCACCGUCAACGUCCUAGGACCUCUCCAGCUCGGUACCCUCGUCGACAGCCUCGGCGAAGGCAAACUUCCCUACAAGGAAAUCAUCCUCUACGUCGUAUACCGCGCUCUCCAAGGCAACCAGGGCGUUCUGGGCGCCGCGCGAUCCCUUCUCUGGCUGCCUGUAUCCCAAUCUCUCUUCCGCCGCCUCUCCUCUGCUGCGUUCGAACACGUCCUCGGCUUAUCCCUCGAGUUCCACCUCAACAAAAAGGUCGGCGAAGUCACCAGCGCCCUAAGCCGCGGCGCUUCCAUCAACACCUUCCUUGAGAGUUUCUGCUUUCAGGUUUUUCCUAUGGUCUUUGACAUUUUUGUCGCUGGUGUGAUUUUCUUUGUGAAAUAUGACGCCUUCUACACGAUCAUUGUGUUUUUCAUAAUGUGGUCAUACAUCUUCCUCACAAUCUACGUCGCCAAGUACCGAGGAAAACAACGAAGAGACAUGACCGUCAAGACCCGUGAGAUGGAAGCUGUCAAGACUGAUGCUAUCGUGGCGUAUGAGACGGUUCAGCAUAAUUGUGCUGUUGCGCGCGAGACGGCGCGGUUUAGAGACCAUGUUACUGUUUUCCAGCGCGCGGAGAGAUUGGUGCAGUGGUCGUUGAACGGGUUGAAUCUCACGCAGAGUUCGAUUUUCACAUUGGGAACGGCGUUGCUCGUUUCGGUGUCGGCGUACAAGAUUUCAAUCGGGGAGCAGACCGUUGGUGAGUUUGUGAGUCUGAUCAAUUACUUUGUUCAGCUUCAAGGUCCUUUGAACUUUUUUGGGACGUACUAUACCAUGCUUCAGAAUAAUCUCAUUGAAGCUGAGCGACUGCUUGAUAUUUUCAAAGAAACACCUGGCGUGGUCGAGAAGCCUGAUGCUAUUCAGUUGCCCUCACCCAAGGGCGAGGUCUCCUUCAACGAUGUCAAGUUCGCGUAUCACGUCAAGAAAGGCGAUCCUGUCCUCGACGGCAUCAACUUCACGGUUGCCCCAGGCACAAAGACCGCUAUUGUCGGAGAAUCAGGUAGCGGAAAGUCCACCUCCCUCAAGCUUCUCUUCCGCUUCUACGAUGUCACGGAUGGCUCCAUCACCAUUGACGGCCACGACCUUCGAGAUCUCAAGCUCGAGAGUCUUCGCAGCAACAUCGGUGUCGUUCCCCAGGAUACAGUUCUGUUUAACGCCACGAUCAUGUACAAUCUUCUGUACGCGAGACCAGAUGCGACAGAGGCAGACGUUUAUGAGGCAUGCAAGGCGGCGAAUAUUCAUGAGCGCAUUCUCAACUUUCCAGAUGGGUAUGAGACCAAGGUUGGAGAGCGAGGAUUGAAGUUGUCAGGUGGUGAACGCCAGAGAAUCGCCAUCGCCCGCGCGAUUCUCAAAGACGCUCGCAUCCUACUCCUCGACGAAGCAACCGCAUCUCUCGACUCACACACAGAGCGUCAGAUCCAAGAUGCUCUCGAGCGCGUCACCGAAGGUCGCACAACCAUCACAAUCGCGUAAGUCAAUCGCCAAGCCUCAUCAAACAUCGGCUAACAGUAUUCAGUCACCGCCUCUCCACCAUCACAACAUCAGACCAGAUCAUCGUUCUUCACAAGGGUAAGAUCGUCGAGCGCGGAACACAUAAUGAGCUUUUGGCCCAAGGAGGACGAUACCAUGCUAUGUGGGAGAAGCAAACGACUAUUGAGAAGAAAGAGAAGGAGAAGAAGGAAUUGGAGGGUGAGGCGUCGGAGACUGGGUCUCAGUAGACGAUGGAGUGUAGGAUAUGUAUUUUAGAAGGUUGGAAAGUCAUCGCAGCGAUUGGCUGUCAGAAUUGCUGGUUAGAAAGCAUGGCGGGUAAUAAAAGUCAUUAUUUGUUGGACCUCGUAUUGUACUCUGCAUCAAGUGUCCGUCCAUUUUGAAAUGAGCGAGGCUGGCAUCGCGCCGCAUCUCACAGCACCAAAACCGGGGCUACAGUACAAAGUCAUCACGAGAGCAAUUGAAGCUUGACCCAACAUCAACCAAACAGCCAUCCCUCCUCAAGCCCGC